AUGAGUGGAUGUCCAGACUUCAGCACUAAACACCGGUCGAGUGAAGAGGAGCUGAAGGAGGAAGAGGAGGAAGAUGAGGACGCAGUGAAGAAAUCCAGCAAAGGCAGCAUCAGUUACAGAGAUUAUCUGCAGCUGGAUAAACUCUUCUCCUCUCAGACACUUCAGAGUGAAUUAAACAGUAACAGAAUCCAUGAUGAGCAUUUAUUCAUCAUCACACACCAGGUGUAUGAGCUGUGGUUUAAGCAGAUCCUCUGGGAGCUCGACUCCAUCAGGGAGAUGUUCCUCAGUGGACAUGUGUGUGAGAGCCGGAAUGUGAUGAAGGUGAACAUGCGAAUCCACCGGGGGUUCUGCUUGUUGGAGAUUAAACUGGGACUUUGUGAUGAUCAGAGAGUUUUGUGUAACAGAAAACAGCAGAGAGAGAACUACACACACACAGAGCUGGAACUGCUACACAACUCAGAGAGAGAGCACACACUGCUGGGACUGGUGCAGACUUGGCUGGAGAGAACUCCGGGUCUGGAAGAGGAUGGGUUUAACUUCUGGGGGAAACUCAGAGUGAACGUUUCUGAAGGUCUCAGGAGGCAGAAGGAGAAAAUGGAGAACAAGGCGGAGUCAGAGCUGGAGGUGGGGCUUGUGGAGAACAUGAUGAAGCAGAGUGAGAUGUUUACAAGAUUGUUUGAUGAGAAGAAACACCACCAGCUGUUGUGUAAAGGUGACAGAAGGUUGUCGUAUAAAGCCCUACAGGGAGCGCUGAUGAUCUAUUUCUACAGAGAAGAACCUCAGUUCCAGAUUCCGUUCCAGCUUCUCACCUUACUGAUGGACUUCGACACACUCAUGACCAAAUGGAGAUGUAGUCACGUGUGUUUAGUGCACCGGAUGAUUGGCAGGAAAAGAGGAACAGGAGAUUCUUCAGGGUAUCAUUACCUCCGUCCCACCAUCAGCGAUCGCUACAAAGUGUUUGUGGAUUUGUUUAAUUUGUCGUCAUUCCUGAUGCUGAGAGACUGGAUCCCCAAACUGAACCCCCCAAACCACUCAUCCCACUGAAGAGCAUGUAGAUUGAAAAGAGGAAUGGAGAGAGAGAGAGAGAGUGAGUGAGAGAGAGUGAGAGAGUGAGUGAGUGACAAAAAAAGAGAGA